UUCCUCAGCAAAAAGAGGAGGAUUGGUAGCAGAUGUUAGCUCAGGGCUAGUCUUCUUCAAAAAAAAAAAAAAAAUGAGAAUGAUCUCGAGUGAAGUGUGGAGUGUUAAGAGAUGGAGCUGGACAGGUAGGAAGAUCAGAUCACACAGGAUCCUGUAGGCCAUGUUAGGGAUCUAAGACUUCCUCCUGAGAGCUAUAAGGAGCCACUGAUGAGUUUCAAGCAGUGGAAGGAUAUGAGCAAAUUUGAAGUUCUGAAGGACCACUCCAGUGGGGAAUGGGGAGAAGAAGGGAAGUCAGAAAGCUGGGAGACCAGCUGGGAGCUGAGCAGUGAAGCAGUAGAGACAAGAUGGCCCCCUGGAUUAGGAAUGGUGGCAGCAGGGAUGGAAAGAAGUGGAUUUGAGAGAGAUUAGGAGGUAAAGUCAGUGGGACUUGGUGAGAGGUUGGAUGUGGGAAUGAAGGAGGGGAGGCAUUAGGAUGACUGCCAAGGAUUUUGUUUGUAUGGACUGAAUGGGUAGAUAAAUGAGUAGAUGAGGGUACCAUUUCCCAGGCUGGACAACACAAGAGGAUAAGCUAUUUGGAAAGAGAUGACAAGCUCAGGUUUGAACAUAUUGUUUUAGUGCCUGUGGGACAUCCAAGAAAUUCUAAAGGCAGUGGGGUAUAUGUGUUUGGGUCUCAGGAGAGGGGUCUGGGCUACAGAUAAAGAUUUGAGAGUCACUGGGGUUGGGGUGGUAGUUGAAGGCAAGGGCAUGGAUGAGGAUAGUCUCAGGUGUUUGUAUAGCAUAAGAAGAGGGCCAAAGGCCAAACUCUGGGGGAAGGUUAAUUUUUCUUAAAGGACAGAGGAAGAGGAAUCCACAAAGGAGAUUGAGAAGGGCCAGCUAGAGAAGUAAGAGGAAAACAAGGAAAAUUAGUGCCAUGAGUCCCAGGGUGGGAGUGGCCAUGGGGAUGCAGGCUGCAGAAAACAAGUAAGAUCAUAAAGGAGAGGUGUCCAGUGGAUGCAGAGGAGUGGGGGGCACUGGUGACCUUGGCAAUAACUAACCCAAUGGAGUGGGGCUUGGGGGGAACCAGACUAGAAUGGAGUGAAGACAGAGGGAACAAGGAUUAAAAUUAGGCAACUCUAAGAAUGUAGCUCUGAAGGGGAAGUGAGAGUGGCAGCUGGAGAGGUUUUUAAGAGCUGGAUGAGGGUGGUGGUUGGAGGAGUCACUCUCAAUCUCCCCAGUGUAGAAGGAAAGUGGGAAAGAGUAGAGCCAAAAGAAGGGCUUAGGGGAAAGUUGUGGAAGGAGGUGAUAAGGGCCUAUGUCCGGGAGGGAGACUGUUCUGCAGGUCACAGGAGUCCCUAUCAGGCUAGCAUUUCCUCUCAGUCCCCACCCCCUUCCUGCCUUCCCUGGAGCUGGAAGAGAGAAGAACCGAGUCACACCCUAGAAGAAGCCCUGUGCCUUCAGAGGUCUUUCUGCCUGCCUGUCCCCAUGCCUCUCCUCUUCCUGCUGCUCCUGCUGCCAAGCCCUUCACACCCCGAAUCUAUCUGUGAGGUCUCCAAAGUGGCCAAGGUGGAAGUGAACUGUGAUAAUCGGAGGCUGAAGACGCUGCCUCCCGAUCUGCCAAAAGACACAGCUAUCCUCCACCUGGAUGAGAAUCCCCUGGGCAGCUUCUCUACGUCCUCCGCGGUGUUUCUGACUCGCCUCACUCAGCUGUACCUGGUUAAAUGCCAGCUGACCACGCUGACGACUGACAGUAUGCUGCCACUGCUGGAUACCCUGGAUAUCUCCCACAACCAGUUGAAAGGCCUGCCCUUGCUAGGACAAGCACUGCCAGCACUCACUACCCUGGAUGUCUCCUUCAACCAGCUGACCUCCUUGUUUCCUCAUGACCUGAAUGGCCUGAGCAAACUCCAUGAGCUCUCCCUGCGUGGCAAUAAACUGAAGAGUCUGCCCCCUGAUCUAUUAAGGCCCACAGCCCAGCUGAAGAAGCUCAAUCUGGCUGAGAACAAGUUGCAGGAGCUGCCCCCUGGGCUCCUGGAUGGGUUGGAGGACCUCGACACCCUCUACCUCCAACAGAACUGGCUGUACACAAUACCAAAGCGCUUCUUUGGGGACCUCAUCCUGCCUUUUGCUUUUCUCCACGACAACCCCUGGAAGUGCAACUGUGAGAUCCUCUAUUUCAAGCACUGGCUGGAGGCCAAUGAGAAGAAUGUCUACGUAUGGAAGAACGGUACAGAUGUCAAGGCCAUGACCCCCAAUGUGGCAAGUGUGAGAUGUGACAACCAACCCGUCUACACCUACGCAGGGGAGGGCUGCUCCACCGCUGGUGAUGAGGACAUAGACUAUGAUGACUAUAGAGAGGAGGUGACGACCAUGAGGGGUAUGGUCAGCUUCUCUACCAACACUGAAGCCAAUACAACCCACCAAGGCCUACUCUACUUAGAACCUAGUGCUUCUCUACAGAGCCAAAUGCCCUACUUGCCCCCAACCGAAGAGUCCACUAAGAAACAGACCACAUUCCCAUACAUCACAGAAUUCAUCAGAUUCUCCAAAAUGUCAAAAAGCUCUACUGAACCCACCACAAUGCCGACCACCCCAGAGCCCACAACCCCAACUACCCCAGAACCCACCACCACCCCAAGUACCCCAGAGCCCACCACCACCCCAGAGCCCACCACCCCCCCAGAGCCCACCACAACCCUGACCACCCCAGAGCCCACCACCACCCCAGAGCCCACCACCAUGCCGACCACCCCAGAGCCCACCACAACCCUGACCACCCCAGAGCCCACCACCCCAGAGCCCACCUCAGUCACUACUAACUUAGAAUCCACAAAACCCACGACUGAUAUCAACUCCUUGAUGGUCCUUGGGGUGGGUCAAGAGAAUUUGGAUAGCUCUAGAAAUGACCCUUUUCUCAACCCUGACUUUUGCUGCCUCCUCCCCUUGGGCUUCUACAUUUUGGGUUUCCUCUGGCUUCUCUUUGCCUCUGUGGUCCUCAUCCUGCUGCUGACCUGGGUCCAGCACGGGAAACCACAGGCCCUGGACUUUGGCCAGUCUGCUGCCCUGGCCACGGCCACACACACCACACAUCUGGAGCUGCAGAGGGGAAGGCAAGUGACUGUGCCCCAGGCCUGGCUGCUUUUCCUUCAAGGGUCACUCCCCACUUUCCGCUCCAGCCUUUUCCUGUGGGUACGGCCUAAUGGCCGCGUGGGGCCCCUGGUGGCAGGACGGCGGCCCUCUGCCCUGAGUCUGGGUCGUGGUCAGGACCUGCUGGGUACAGUGAGCAUUAGGUACUCCGGCCACAGCCUCUGAGGGGGGUGGUUUGGGGACCUUGAGAGAGGCUCUGAUGGGCUUUCCUACUAGGAUCUAGCUGGAGGGGGGAGGCGCUGUGAAGGGGAAAGGAGCACAGGCUCAGUGGAAGGUCUUCAUUACUUUUCCUUCGUCAGAAGCCUCCUCUUCACACCACAGGCACACAACCCAGACCCAUAAGUCAGGAGUAGUGAGAUGGAGUGGGGUGGCCCACAGAACCAAGCUCCCAAUGCCACAUGGUUUUGUUUUGUUUUUCCCCACUUUUGGGGUUACUACCCCAUCACUUUUGGGAAGUUUUAGGAAAAAGCAAAUAAAUAGAAUAGGGCGUGGUUCUGACAUGUAUCUGCAUUUUGAAGAAAACUUGGAAAGAGAUUUAUCAAGAUGUGAGCCCUGAUUCUCUGGGUAGGAUAGAUAUGGAUGGUUUUUCAUUUUCCUCUGCUUAGCAUUUUCUAGUUUUCCACCAUCGUGUAUUAUUGGUAUAAUAAAAAAUAAUUUAAAGAAGAAAAUUUGGUUUCUUUUGGAGAGGGAGAGUGGCUGGGGCACCUGUCACCAGCAUCUCAGGCCCCAACUGCCCCCCGCAUGCCUUACGCUACUCGCCCAAACAGCUCUAGUCUGAGCCUGCACUUCCCCCACCUGGUGCCUCCU